AUGUUUGUCAGAAAGCGAGACGGACGCCAGGAGCGCGUCCAGUUUGACAAGAUCACGGCACGCGUCUCGAGACUGUGUUACGGUCUUGAUUCGCAGCAUGUUGACCCCGUCAAGAUCACCCAGAAGGUCAUUAGUGGUGUCUACGGUGGUGUCACAACAGUCCAGCUCGACGAUCUGGCUGCCGAGACUGCCGCGUACAUGACCGUCACCCACCCAGACUAUGCCCUCCUCGCCGCCCGUAUCGCGGUGUCCAACCUCCACAAGCAGACCAAGAAGCAGUGGUCAUCGGUCGUGAGCGAUCUGUACCACUAUGUCAACCCAAGGAACAAUCGCCCGUCGCCUAUGAUCUCCCAGGAGACCUACGACUGUGUGAUGCGUCACAAGGAGGAGUUUGACUCCGCCAUCGUCUAUGACCGAGACUACCAGUACCAAUACUUCGGCUUCAAGACCCUGGAGCGUUCGUAUCUUCUUAAGCUCAACGGCAAAGUUGUCGAGCGGCCACAGCACAUGCUGAUGCGUGUCGCCGUUGGCAUCUGGGGAGACAACAUCGAGAGGGUUCUGGAGACGUACAACUACCUCUCCAACAAGUUUUUCACACACGCCUCGCCGACUCUGUUCAAUGCCGGCACGCCUCAGGCACAGCUGUCGUCGUGCUUCCUUGUAGACAUGAAGGAGGACAGCAUCGAGGGUAUUUACGAUACCCUCAAGACCUGCGCCAUGAUUUCCAAGAUGGCCGGAGGCAUUGGUCUCAAUGUCCACCGCAUCCGUGCCACUGGCUCUUAUAUUGCCGGCACUAACGGCACGUCCAAUGGCAUCAUCCCCAUGCUGCGUGUCUUCAACAACACUGCUCGCUAUGUCGACCAGGGUGGCAACAAGCGUCCUGGCGCCUUUGCCAUCUACCUGGAGCCAUGGCACGCUGAUGUCUUUGAGUUCCUUGACCUGCGCAAGAACCACGGAAAGGAAGAGGUUCGUGCCCGUGACCUCUUCCUGGCCCUCUGGAUCCCCGAUCUCUUCAUGAAGCGUGUGGAGAAGAACGGUGACUGGACCCUCAUGUGCCCCAACGAGUGCCCUGGCCUGGCCGACUGCUACGGUGAGGAGUUCGAGGCUUUGUACGAGAAAUAUGAGCGCGAGGGUCGCGGCCAGAAGACCAUGAAGGCACAGAAGCUCUGGUAUGCCAUCCUCGAGGCGCAGACCGAGACCGGCAACCCAUUCAUGCUGUAUAAGGACCACGCCAACCGCAAGAGCAACCAGAAGAACCUGGGCACCAUCCGCAGCUCCAACCUUUGCACUGAGAUCAUCGAGUACUCUGCCCCUGAUGAGGUUGCUGUAUGCAACCUGGCGUCUAUCGCCCUGCCUCAGUUCGUCGACUACGAGAAUGACUGCUACAACUUCCAGCUGCUGCAUGAAGUCACCCAGGUUGUCGUUCGCAAUCUGAACAAGAUCAUCGAUAUCAACCACUAUCCAGUUCAGGAGGCUCGCAACAGCAACAUGCGGCACCGGCCUAUCGGCGUGGGUGUUCAGGGUCUGGCUGAUGCCUUCUUGGCUCUCCGCCUUCCCUUCGAGUCGCCCGAGGCUCGUCAGCUGAACAAGCAAAUCUUUGAGACCAUCUACCACGCCGCCCUCACCGCAUCGUGCGACAUUGCCAAGGUGGACGGUCCCUACUCAUCGUACGAGGGAUCUCCCGUCUCUCAGGGGAUCCUCCAGUAUGAUAUGUGGGACAACGUCAAGCCCUCUGACCUCUGGGACUGGGACUCCCUGAAAGCCAAGAUCAAGCAGCAUGGUGUCCGCAACAGCUUGUUGAUGGCGCCUAUGCCUACUGCCUCGACUUCGCAGAUCCUGGGCAACAACGAGUGCUUUGAGCCCUAUACGUCCAACAUCUACCAACGACGUGUGCUCGCUGGUGAGUUCCAGGUGGUCAACCCGUGGCUGCUCAAGGACCUUGUGCAGUGUGGUCUGUGGUCCGAGGACCUGAAGAACCGCAUCAUUGCCGAGGAUGGUUCUAUUCAGAACAUUCGCAGCAUCCCGGAUGAUAUCAAGGCUCUCUACAAGACCGUAUGGGAGAUCUCACAGAGGACCAUCGUUCAGAUGGCCGCCGACCGUGGUGCCUUCAUCGAUCAGUCUCAGUCCCUGAACAUCCACAUGCGUGAACCUUCUAUGGGCAAGAUCACGAGCAUGCACUUCACCGGGUGGAAGCUGGGUCUCAAGACUGGCAUGUACUACCUCCGCACCCAGGCUGCGGCAGCCCCGAUUCAGUUCACCGUCGACCAGCAGGCCCUCAAGAUCCAGGAGCAGGCUGGCGUGAAGCACAGCGGCCUGGGCAAACGUGCGCCUCCGGCUGGCUACUACACUUCCACCUCUCUCGUCCGCCCCAUGCACGUGACCAAGGAUCUUUCUGGUGAGAACACCAACAUUACCAUGAGCAACAAUGGAAUCCCUACCCCUUCCGUUACGCCAAAGUCCUCGUCGCCACCCCUGACUCCUGUCGUUGACAAGGAGGCAGCUGCACGCAUCAUGGCCUCUCCCUCCAAACCCAGGAAUGUGCCAUUCAAGGCCGAUCAGGCCGAAGGCGAGAGCCCCAAGGCGCUGCCUGUUGAGCCCACUGGCGAGAAGCCUACCGAAGAGGCACUUCCCGAGGCUGCUGUCAACGGCAACAAGCCUGAUGGCCAGACCGAGGACAAGGAUGGAGAUAGCAAGGAGCGGGAGAUGGACAUCUACUCUGAGGCUGUCCUUGCUUGCAGCAUUGAGAAUCCCGAGGCAUGCGUUAUGUGCAGCGGUUAGAUCAACAUACCUCGACUAGAAGUCCCGAGUGAAGUAUGAAGGUGACUACGAUCCUUGAUGUUGAUGUUGGCAACGGAAAAUGACAGUUGUUUGCUUUGUUGGCUUUUCUUGGGGGUUUUUUUUUUUCCUUCUCUUGUCCUUUUCACGCAUGGUCGGACGGCUUUGAAUGGUUCAAACAGGGCUAGCUGCUCGUCACACAUAAUUCAGAUACAUGUAACCUU